AUGAUGUAAGUUAUUUUCAAGAGUUCAGAAUUAGAGAAAAUGCAAAGAGUUCCAUCACGAGAAAACCAUUCAGCCUCAUACUCAAAUUCUGAAAUGUUGCUCUUGCAGGUUCACUCCUCGCCUCAUCUCGUCUGCCGGGACUUCUUCCCCGAUGCCAACCUCAGCGCAAUCCGAGCCAAAACAGCCAGACACACCCAGACCUAAGUAAUGUUGGGUCUGUCUGGGGAGACAAUUGAUAGAAUCGCUCAAUUUUUCCCCAGCAAUAAAUCAUUUAAAAAUCAAACCAGUUUUAGUGUUUAUUUGAAGAAAAACGUCUAAAAGUUCGCAGACAUAUAUUAAUCGAAUCAACACCGAGUCGAUAGUCCGAUCGGUCUGUAAGUUGGACCCAAUAUACAGGGGAAAAGUAUGGUAACAUGCUGAAAUCUGUGUGUAUGCUGAAUCUCCGAGUUGGCCUUGCGCAACUGUCUUGUUACAUCCAGUCUUGACAUACUGUUUCCCCUCAAGAGACUGACGGAGCUAUACGCUCCAAUUGGUUUUCAGACCCAUCGCUGAUCGAAAUCGAUAGCAGACAUUUCUUUUUCGCCCUUCCACCCCCUUUCGCUUUCCGUUCUAUUCGCAGAUUUGCUUCUUCUAUUGCGAAGCAUUUCCAGCGGUAAGAUCAGGGCAACCAGAAGCUCAACGAAAAUGGGGUGCAGGUCGCCCGCUCAUUUCGCCUGACGGUACCCAAUUCUCCGAUUCUCCAGAAGCAGCAAAAAAAUUGGUGAUUAGUGAGUUUUGUGUGAGCGUAACAUCUGCGAACCAUGUAAUUUUCUGUCCGUCAACUGCUUCGGGAGAGUAUUCAGCAGGCUCAGCUCAAAAGUGAUAUUGUGUGCCAUCAGCUGGCCAAUUUCGAGCUGCACUCGACUCUUGAAACGCUGGGAAUGAACGCAUUGCUCGAGUACAAGUUGGACGGUAACAAUCUUUGCUACCUUCCGCAUAAUUUCACUCAUUUCUUUCAGAAACUGAAGAAAACAGAGAGGAAGAUCCGCGUGUGCCGAGAAGAACGCUGAAGCACAUCGACAAGUGAGUUCUCUCGGACCUCGAGACAUCUUGUCCUAGCACUAUUCAACACGAAAUUUUCAGAUACAAGAUUCAAAUGGCCGAAGUGCUGGACGCCGCGCUCUACCACACGUCCCGCUGGCUCUGAUCGUCGCCAGCCUCUCUCAACUCAGAUUCCUGGACAUUUCGAGCACGUGCGUCUUCGACAUCACGUGCAUUUCAAGAUUCCGCAACCUCGAAGUGCUCAUCAUGUACUAUCUGAGUAUUCUGAAGGGCGACGUCACCAAGACGCUGUCGAAUUUGACGAAAUUUCAGCUCAUUUUCCAAUGGUUCUACGGACAAACAUGGAGGAGGAGACGACCUGCAAGGAGUUCGGCAAAUUCAUAAGAAUUGCGGUUGCCUUCAAGAGAAAAAUCACCUUAAUCUCCUAAGCCGCGUCAGUUGAGACCUUUCACGGAAUAACCAGAAAAUAAUGGUUUCAGAAUGGAGCAGAUCGGCUCCGGCUACAACAACGUCAACCUCGCGAUGGAAGACGAGUUCUUUACCAACCGCCACGGCAGAGCCUGCAUCUGCAUGCAUUAA